AUGGCAGCUUUGGGGAUGAAGCAUUUCCACAGUGAUAUUGGGUUCAAGCUUGUGUUCUAUGUGCACAGAGUGGGCAGGGAUAUGUCCACUGGCAGCACCUGCCUGGUGAGUAUAACCCAGGCCAUCACUGUCAGUCCCAGGAACACAGGGUGGGCGAAGCUCAAAGCAAAGGCUCACAAGAACAUUGGCUCCUCCAUUACACUCUUCUGGAUGGUGAACCUGGUUAUAAAUGUCAUGAUACCUGUGCAUGAGACUGGGAACAGGAGGGACAAAAAUCUCGCAAGGAACACUGAUUAUGGCUACUGCUAUUUAGCCAAUAGUGACAGAUUCACAGUAAAUAGAGCACUGCAUGCAGCACUGGUGUUAUUCCGAGAUGUUUUCUUUGUGGUCCUCUUGCUGUGGUCCAGCAGCUCCAUGGUUUUUACCCUGUACAGCCAUAAGCAGCAGGUCCAAUAUAUCCAUAGGAACAACGUCUCCUCCAAGUCAUCACGGGAGUCCAGAGCCACCCACAGCAUCCUCGUCCUGAAAUGUGGAGACUGUGGGAAGCCACAGGUGUCUGCAGCAUCUGACGUAAUGUACUUGGCAGAAUGCAGCAAGACUGUCAUUCCAAAUUCAUCGCUGCUCAGUGGAUUCACAGGAGCCAAAGUCUCCACUCUCAGAAUUACUAGAGAGGAGCCUGUAGACUCACACGCUUGUGGUUUAAUGAGGACAAACCCACCGAGGUCCUCCAGAGCUGGGCAUGAAUGGAAUCUCAGGCUCAGAGAAAAUAAUCAGGCAUUGGGAGCUGAUGGGAUGGCCAUCAAAAACUUGACAACAGGGAUGAUCUUCUUACUUCAAACUGUCUCUGGAAUCCUGGGGAAUUUCUCACUGCUUGGCCAUUAUCUCUAUCUCUGCUUCACAGGAUGCAAGUUUAGGUCCACAGAUUUGAUCAUCAAACACCUGUCUGUAGCCAACUGCUUAGUCAUUCUCUCCAAAGGAGUCCCCCAAACCAUGACAUCUUUGGGGAUGAAGCCUUUCCUUAGUGAUAUUGGGUGCAAGCUUGUAUUCUAUGUGCACAAAGUGGGUAGGGAUGUGUCCAUUGGCAGCACUUGUCUCUUGAGUAUCACCCAGGCCAUCACCAUCAGUCCCAGGAACCCCAGAUGGGCAGAGCUCAAAGCAAAAGCACAAAAGUACAUUGGCCCCUCCACUAUCCUCUGCUGGAUGCUGAAUCUGAUACUGAAUGUCUUGGUACCUGUGCAUGUGAUUGGAAACAGGAAUGACAAAAACAUCACAAAGAAAACUGAUCAUGGCUACUGCUAUUCUGUGAGUCGUACAAAAUUCUUAGACUUGCUGUAUGCUGUCCAGGUGCUAUUCCGAGAUACUCUCUUUGUGGCACUCAUGCUCUUGGCCAGCAGCUUCAUGGUUUUCAUCCUAUACAGGCACAAGCAGCAGGUCCAAUAUAUCCUUGGAACAAGCAUCUCUUCCAGGUCCUCCCCAGAGUCCAGAGCCACCCACAGCAUCCUCGUCCUGGUGAGCACCUUUGUGUCCUUGAGCACUCUCUCCUCCAUCCUUCACAUUUGCUUGGCUGUUUUAAGCAGCCCGAGUUUGUGGCUGGUGACCACCUCUGAAGUAAUUGCUGGGAUUUUUCCAGUUGUGAGCCCCUACAUCCUCAUGAGCCAUGACUCCAGAGUGCCCAGGUGCUGCUGUGCUCACACAAGGAAUACAGAUUUCUAUGCUUAG